AUGAAUGCCACCUCGGUGGCGGGGGCCAGCUCAGCAGUCCCGGAGCGUGUUGGCAAGGAAGUCUCCCACGAGAUUUUGGACCUCACCGCGGCCAGCGAUCUUUGCCGGAUGAUGUGCAGCCAGCUGGGCAGCUGCGUGGGCUUCACGUUCUUCGACCACGUGGGUGGUGACCGGAACGUGGCGCAGUGCUGCUUCCUGCGCCGGGCCACCAGGUGGCAGCCCAACUUCCGACGGGCCAGCUGCCAUUUGGCGCGAGGCCUUGAGACGAGGAAGGGUUGCUUUUGUCAGGUGGGCUGGGAGAUCGCAGAGGGCGACAGCAGCGCCCUUUGCAGGGCACAGCGGAGGGGUUGCUGCACCACCCCGGACAACGGCGCACGUUCUUGGUGCCCCACAACCUCCCCGACCUGCGGCACGCAGCUGCAGAACCAGCUGCACUGGGACGCAUGCGACCCCACGGGAGUAGCGGCAGUGUAUGAACACACCUGCCGCACGCACCCACAGAUGAAAGAGAGGAACUGUGCUUCUGCACGGGGCAAUUCUGAGUGCAAUCAAAUUGCUACUGUGCUGGGGCUUCCUGACACAACGCCAUCCCUCACGUUGGCUAUGGACAUGCCUUCCGGCUGUGUUUGGCAGAAGGCUACAUCUCAGUUGUGGCUAAAUCAGCUGGUGGAUGCAGUCAAUGCGUCAGAUCCAAGCAAGAAGGUUGCCAUGAGCGCUUCUGAAGCUACGGCGGAGCUUUGCUCCUGUCCGCCGUCUGUAGACUUCCACUGGGAGGCGGAGGAGUGGAGGCCUUGCUAUGGCAUCGUUGGCGCAGAAUGUCAUGGCGCCAGACAGCGCACGAGACUGGUUUUCUGUGUUCAGUCUGACAUGGACGCGGAAUCGGGAAGGUACCAGGUGGUGCCAAGCUCGCUUUGUUCUGGGCAGCGCCCAGCCACUGUGGAAGCUUGCAGCGGCUGUGACCGCAUGGUGCUGGCAGCAGUGGCCCAGUUCAACCUCCUGCAGCCUGUGCCAGGUCUCGAGGAGAGUGCGUUUGCACAGUCGUGCCUCAAGAACCUUGCGCUCGCCGCGGGGCUCACUGAGCAGGACCGGAUGAGCGUUGGAAAGGUGGAGUGCUGCAACGGCGCCGCCUUGGAGGCGGAAAUUCUGGUCACGGAUGGAGACUCAGGUGAGAGGUCGGCAGCCGAUACCGUCGACCAACUGAUGCAGAUCUCCCGGUCUGCCACCUACCGCAGCCAGGUGGCUUGGGAAAAUGGCUUUGGAAGCCUUAUGCAGUUCUUCUCCCUCCGAAUCAUGGGCAGCUAUUCUUGGGACAUCAGUGAUUCCUGGGGGCCCUGUAGUCAGCUGUGUGGAGGCGGCUUUCAAAGCCGAGAGGUGUGGUGCUCCUGGACCGGCUACGAGUCACAAACGUACCAAGUUGGGGACAUGCAUUGCGACGCUGGGUCACGGCCAGCGGACCAGCGGGCAUGUGCCAGCCGUCCGUGCAGCAGCUGCGCCCCCUUCCAAGUAGGUCCUCAAUAUGUCGUCUCUGGCGGCGACAAAGAGAUGUCGCACGAGAACAAGGUUUAUGUCACCUGCGCUGCUGGCUACGGAACUGUGGAUGAUGUGAGGCUGGUUGAGUCGCAGUGCCAGGACGGGGAGUGGACGCCCCUGGCUGUGUCCUGUGGCAAGAGCUGCCCUGCCUUCGUGGCAGCCUCCUGGAAGUAUGAAGUCCACGGAUCGGGCAACCAGCACGGAUCCACGCGACAGGUUACCUGCAAGCGCAGUGAGACGGACCAAAACUCAGUGGAGGCACCGGCGUCGGCGUCAGUGAUAUGCCAGGACGGGAGCUGGACCACACCCUCCUUGGUGUGCACUGGCGACUGCCUGACCCCAGAGUUGAGCAGCGCCUAUGCGGUGAGCCAAAUCAAUGGCACCAGCGGGGACAACAUUGUACAGCGGGGGUCGGUGUGGCACAUCACCUGUGCCCCAGGCUUUGCUUCCUCCGGGAAGCAGCCGGUGAAGCUUGAAUGUGUGGAAGGAAGCUGGAGCGGACUCCUGGACAUCCCAGAUUGCAAAGCCGACUGCCCGCGGUACAGACUGUCAGAAGGCUACGAGGUGGUGGGUGACGCGGACUUGCACAGCAUAAUCAGCUUUGGACAGGACACGAGCUCCGACAGUGGUGGAGGUGGAGAUCGGCUUCGGCGCAUGCAGCUCAAUGUGACUGGUGUGGUGCAUGGCACCUCAAUCGGAAUCCGAUGCGUGGAUGGCUACGGACGCGUUCCUGGAGCCGUUGAAAGGCUUGAAUGUUUCGAUGGGCAAUGGAGCUCGCUGUCGCUCUUCUGCGCCAAAGACUGCAAGCCAUUCAAUGCCACCAGCCUGGAGUUGUCCCGCUUCCGCGUCAUCAUGGACAUGUCGCGGCCCAACGGAGAGGGUGAGCCAUCGCCCUCCUCCGGAGAGCCUGAUGCACCACACGGCAGCAAGAUCAUUAUUGGGUGCAAGCUUGACGAGGCGGCAGAUCCCGGCGAGCGUGCCAUGAAACGUGGAGAGGUGACCUGUGACAACGGUCGGUGGAUUCCAUCCGAGCUACGCUGUUUCAGUGAUUGCGAAGCCUUCCUCCCCGGGCCGGAGUAUUCUGUGAUUAUACCAGGAGCUCUGGCCCCACAAGGAAACCGCAGCGUACCUCAUGGUACUCAGCUUCUGGCAACCUGCGCGCGAGGCUUCUCUGCGCUUCCGCUUCUGAGCCCGAAUGCCUCCCAUGAAGGCUGGAGCUCGGGCACUGAAAGACGAGUGACCCCAAAUGAUUUGAUUGUGGAGUCGGAGUGCGUCGAUGGAAUUUGGACAGAUCUGGAUUUGAAGUGCUUUGCAGACUGCCCCAGCUGGCCGUUGCACCAGCACCUGGUGGUGGACAGCGGUGGGGGUCUGCGGGCGGGUUCGCUGCUGCGCCUCUCCUGCGGCCAAGACACGAAGACCAUCCGCUGCGGCACCCAUGGGAUCUGGGAGCUGCUGCUGCCGGCGGACAGCGAUGCUGACAGUAUGAAGUUCCAGGUGGGCCCGCCUUUGAACCUGGAGAACUUCACCUCCAUUUGCCCGCACGUCAGCCUGGACUCCCGGGGGGCCUUCAUGAACCUCACCUUCUGGGCCAAGCUCUCGGACGACGAGCGGGCGAUGUUUAUGAUUCUGGCGCUGGGAUGCUUCGGCUCCCUUUGCGGGCUGGCUUGCACCUAUUUCCUGGCGCCCUCUGCACCUGAGAGCGACGAAGAGGAAGAACCCGAGGUCGAGGCGCAGGAGGAGGAUUCCGCCAACCCCGGCCUGCGCCGCUUCAAUUUGCUCACCGGCGAGCUGGAGACGAGCGGCCAGGGGAAUGCAGGCCCAUCAGGUCCCGCGCGUGGCUUUCACGCAGAGGGCUCGGAGGGUGCAUCCUGUCCCCUUUGCGGCCAAUUUGCGUUCUGCAUCAUCGACGCCAAGCCCUCCAAAGUCUUCGAUGUCCCUGGGCCUUUGGAUAUGGCCAUGACCGCUGCAGCCGCGGCGGCUUCUUCGCUCCGGCCAUUCGCCACAAGCACCGAGUUCGAAAAGCAGCUGAUGCCAGAGGACAUUCUGCACCUCCGGGCCAUGUCCAUGACCAUCAUGCAGGAUCCAGUGUGCGAGCUGCGUCCAGAAGAGGCACAGCGCUACGUGGUCGAUCAUGAAGACGAGAUUGGCGAUUUGCCUGUAUGGCAUCCUCGGAGGUUGGCACAUCAAGUGUUUGAUCCCUUCCGAUCGAGGAAACUCGCAGUCGCCAGAUAUCACAAGCUGAUUUUGGAGCGGCUUGACAACGAACCACUCCUUGCAGCUUUUGGCAUUGAUGCUGGCUUCAACAUGCAGGCAUACUUUAUGAUUCUGCAUGCGUGGCUGCUGCACCAGCGGCUCGUCCUUGAGGGCUCUCAGGCAAAGAAGCUGGACGAGGAAUUGUUCGAGCAUUGCUGGAAUCUCACCAGGUCAUGGCUAGUCCUCAAGAGGGUGCCUGAGUAUAGAUUCGAUGCGGAGCUGCAGAAUGUGCAAGAGUACAUGCUGGGUGCCUGCAUUGCCAUGGACAAAGCUCUUGAGAGGCCGGAUGUCCUGCCAGCGCGCGUUCAGCAAUGCCUUUGGGCUAACAUGUACUCUGGGUCGGUCAAGAAAGACCACCGGGGCUUGACGCGCCUGACCAAGUACCUGCUUCGACAGCUAGGGCUGAUGCUCCAAUUGGAUGCAGACCGCUUCCUCACAGGCCAAUUCAUUUGGGCAGAUUUUCCAGUCAGCGAUCGUCCUCGCAAGCCCUUGAAAUUGCCGGAGUGGCGGGAAAAGUUCCGAACCGAGCUGGAGGACAACUUGGGCAAGCUGGAUCUUGAAACUAUCGGUUCACAGCCACGCUCAAUUGGUGAGAGGGAACAAAAGAAGCCUUCUCUUAGGUCGUAG